AUGGCCAAUUCCAAAUAUGCCGGGAUUGUUGUUGACGCCAAAACCGGCAAGACACUGUACGCAUCAUCCGCCGAUGCCUACCGGUAUCCUGCGUCGCUCACGAAGAUCAUGACCCUGUACGUGGUUUUCGAAGAGCUCUCGGCCGGACGCCUUACGCUCAAUUCCCGCCUGAAGGUGUCCAAGUAUGCUGCGGGCCGGCCACCAUCCAAAUUGGGCCUGAAGCCGGGAAAAACCAUCAAGGUCAAGGACGCAAUCCUUGCGCUGGUGACCAAAUCCGCAAACGAUGUCGCAACAGUUGUUGCCGAGAACAUUUCCGGGUCCGAGAAAAAGUUCGCCCAACGCAUGACGAGCACGGCGCGGUCACUGGGCAUGAAAAAGACGACCUUUAGGAACCCGCAUGGUUUGCCGAAUUCCGGCCAACGGACAACUGCUCGGGAUAUGGCGACCCUUGGACGAGCGAUUCAAGAACACUACCCGCAGUAUUACGGCUAUUUCAAAACGCGGUCCUACAAGUACAACGGCCGCACUUACGGCAACCACAACAAGCUUCUUGGCCGUGUGAAGGGUGUUGACGGCAUCAAGACCGGCUAUAUCAGGGCAUCCGGAUUCAAUCUCGUCACUUCGGUCAACCGGAACGGCCGACAGAUUGUUGCCGUUGUGAUGGGCGGCAGGUCCGGUGCAUCCAGAAACGCCCAGAUGACCAAGCUGAUCAGCCGCUACCUGUCCAAGGCAAGCCGUGGCAAGAAAACCGUUCCCAUGAUAGCCAAGCGCAGCGGCGCACCGAUCUUUGUUGCCUCGGCCCUGGCUCAACCGCCAUUGCCAAGAGAAAAGCCGGGUAGCACUCAGAAGCCUGCGUCAGGAGCCCCGAUGGUUCUUGCCUUCAAUGCGGCUGAAAAACCGAUCGUUGCUCCAGUGCCAACACCUUCCGUUGCCUCCGUCACCACAGCUUCAGUCAAGACCGAGCCCGUAACUGUACCGGGUUUUGGAGACGCGGUUCCAAUACCUCCCAAGAUUGUCAAACAGCGUUUUGACGAGACAUUCGCAGUCGCAACCGCGCUGCCGCCGAUCCGCCGUGAAAGUCCUGAUCUGGAUCUGACGACGAAUUCAGUCUCGAAAAAAGCACUGCUCGACGCUGCAAGGGCAGAUGUGACCAGACGCACCACUUCCCAGCCAGAUAGUGAAGGCCGACCGAUCCCGGCGAAAACAAUCACUGUGGAGACGGUCAAGAUUGAAACGGUCCCGGCGCCCGAAGUUACUGCAUCGAACGUGAAAGUGGCGGCAGCCUCGGCGACCGCGCUGCCGGUUGUCGAAAGCCAGUCGAAGGAUGACACCGUCACUGUUGCGACCAGCGAUACGCCGGAUAUCGAACCGGGCUGGCAGGUGCAGAUUGCCGCUUCGGAGACCGAGAACCAGGCCGUUGCACUUCUGAAGAAAGCCAAGGCCAGAACGGGAGCGGCUCUUCGUGGACGUUCACCAUACACAGAACCCGUUGAAGCCAACGGACAAACGCUCUACCGCGCGCGCUUUGUUGGCUUCAAAAACAAGACCGCAGCCCGCAAGGCCUGCAGUACACUGAAAAAGGCAAAAUUCGCCUGCUUCGCCAUCUAUCAGUAA